AAGGCGGCAGAAACAAGAAAUUACGCACCAGGCGGUAUAGUAGCGUGAAGUACUUCUACAGACAUUCUUUACGAUGAAGCUAAGAAGUAAAGUAUCCGAAGGAACCACACUACACUGAUAUCACUAUUAGCCAAGGAAAAUACUACCAUUUCAGUAUUUCUCGACAGAUGUCUCCCCACUCUGUCCCUUCGUACCAUAUUCUCAAUGUUCAUUCUUACGUAUUAUCAUUGGUACCGCAGUAUUUCACGUUCUCUCGGUAUUAUUUCCGUCAUGCUAAUGUGGCAUUGUGACUUGUGCUGACUCACGUUCGACAGGUUUCUCGUUGAUAAUGACACUGAAUGCUAGUAUUACGAGAGACAUGUGUCAGUAAGUUUAGAACGAAGAUUCGCGACAUGGUUUGGUGCAUUUAUUUCUAGAAGUACAAUUCCCUAGUGUGACCUAUUUGAAUUGAGACUGAUCGAGUCUAGUGGUAAAUGUAGUCUUAAACACUCGGAGAGUCUACACAAUUCAUUGAAAUUCCAUAGUAAAGACACCGGUUGUUAACUGAAUACUUCGGUUACAGCCGCCUAUUUAAGCUAGUUUAGGAUGGAUUUCACGAACAGCAAGUGUGCAUUAAUAUGGUCCGGUUAGAUAUUCAUUUAUUUCACAAGGUUCGCUUCAAUGGAUUCGUAUGUGUUAUCUCACAUAAACGUAAUUGGUUACUCAAGGUACCCAUUUACUCGAAUGCACUGGUCAUAAGCAGCCUGUAUCAUAAGUCUUGCUAAUGCUUUCGACAACGAUAUUCGUGCUUUCCUAAGACAUGUGUAUUUUGUGUAAUCUAAUUGAAGUAGUUAAUUAACAUGAUAUAGCACGACUAUUAUGUGAGAAUACCGAUAAGGUUUUGUUCGUCUCGUUAACAUUUAGGUGUGGAGUCAGAUUUAUGUAAACACAACGACGUAUUUUUACUAGGGUUCUUUUUGAGUACCGUUUCUAUAAUGGUCAGGAAAUUCGUUACUGUGCACUGAAUCGAUUGAUUUGUUUGUGAUAGGAGUUCCGGCUUUUAUAUUGGUUCUACCACCGUUUGCUGUUAUUCAUUGUUUAAGUGCAAUUUAAUAACGUCACCUGCAUUCACUCAUUCAAGUACAGAAUAAGCCCAUUAAUCAGAUUAUCUGCCACAAUUAUUAACUUACGUAAAAUUCCACUUUCGUUUUUCUUAACUGAAAGUCAGGUGUUUGAACCACUUAUGCACUGUUACUUCUUAAAAUAUAUUUCUACAUCAUGCAGCCUUUCCUUGAAUCAAGACGCAAGUCCAGAGAAAUUCACAAAUAUAUUGAUUUUGUGUACCCUUACCAAUUCAGGUUGCAAAAUAAAAAGUUUUCUGUUGUUAGACCAAGUAAAAAGUUCUGUCAUAUGUAAUAUAUCUAAGAACGAUAUACUUUAGUCAUAUCGUAUCGGACUAAAGUGAGAGUAUGAUGUAAACUUGUACGUGUUUCCUUUGUGGUCGACUUAUGAUUCCUUGCGUAGAAAGCUAAGAGUGAAAUCCCUGUAGUAUGAAAACCAACAUAUGAAGGAUUAAAAACACUGAGACAGUAUAGAAAGGAAAACUCAUUCAAAGAGGUUUUCGUUUAUGCUUUUAUGCUUUUUAAAACCCUACGUGGGAAGCGAAAAGAAUCCGUUCCUAAAGAGAAAGAUAUGUGACACAAACCACGUAUAGGCUCAUGUACUAAGUUGCAAUUCAAACUUGUAAGGACUGGUGGUUCUUACGGACUAAGCUUUCGUAAUAUUUAUAUUAUCUUCGGUCACUGGAUUGUGAUGUAUAUCUUAGGAAAUAGAGACACCAAAUAAAUUUCCAGCCCUUCUCAUUUUUAACUAAUUCCGUGUCGUUAUAGUUGAAUAUUUGAAACUUGGUUGUCAACUAGCAGCAAAGACCUAUAACUUGUUACAUUUACUCUUGAAUACUAGUUUUAGAACAAGUAAUUGGUUGCUUAGUGGCGUUCUUUAGUUAGCUUCAGGUGAUAUUAGCAAAAAUAAAUAAACCAAACAUUGUUAGCUUUUUCUAAAUGUGUUCAAGUAACCAAAUCUGGUUUUGAGAAGUAAAGUUGCUUGUGACUCACUAUUAUCUGUGACUAUACACAGUCGAACCUUGAGAUUGCGUACGAUAUUUUUGCCAAGUGCUUAAUAUAUUUGAGUGAUAAAAUCUCAGACAAACGCAUAUAAGGAUACUUAACUCUAAAACCUAAUAGUAAAAUAAGUAUUUGGAAGAGGUUUCUGUGACUAAUUUUACUUCUAACUUCUUUUUUUUAGCAUGUUAGUAGACUUCCCACUCCUAUCUACUCGUUUUGAUUCUCAUACAUUAGUCCAUUCACUUUUAUUUCAUGUUCAUUCUUUUAUUUUCUUUUGUUUUAGAUUUUAAUAUCAACUGGAUUUGACCUGUCCACAAUUAUACUCAUUUGCUUACAGGAAAUCUGAAUAUUCGUUGAAUACGGAACGUUUUACUGCUUGACUAUUUACAUGUAGGCUUUUAUAUUCUAAACUAUGAAUAUGCUCAAAAUACCAAAUACUGCACUGUUAUUUUUCGACUAUUUUUCAACCGGAACCUUUUUCAUACUCUUGAUUUACCUCUUUACCAGACUUUGUACACACUUGCUUCAUUUUCCGUCACUAAAUUGUCAUUUAGAUGUGAUAAUUUAUCAAGGCCGUGCCGUUGUCAUUUUUCUUGUAGUAUUUGUAUACUUCGUUGAUGUUUUGACAUGCAAAAUAAACGAUAAAUUUUUGGUCUAUACGAUGCUGAGGAAUAGAAGACGGUUAAAUACUCUGUUAUAUACACUUGUCCUUUUCACUUUCGCCCUAUGCUCAUUGUGCUCAGUUAUAUUUGUACCGUACACCAGCUUUGCUAUAUUUCUACUCUCCACCUCGGUCUUCUUGUUAUUUUCAGACUUGUCUAUAUUUUUGAUUGUACUGGAGUACUAUUUAUUGGAAACUGAAUUGUUGAAUUAUCAACCUGCUAAACGCCAUUGUUUACUCAGUCAUUUAUUUUCAAACCAAUUAUUUGUGGAUCAUAUACUUGGUAUGUUUCUAAAAACUUCUUUGUUCAGCAUCAGUAUCACAUCGAAAUAUGCAUACUUGGAAAGUAUCUUUAAAUCUACUUUGAUCGAGCAAAUUAUAUACAUUGUGAUCAUAUUUGUUUUCCUACCAUCAUUUAUGAGGAUUUUUGCGUCGUAUGCGAAAAGAGUGUGCGGUAAACAGCAAAAGUACUUAGUGUCGAAUAAGUGGGUAUCCAGCUCAACACGAAAGCGUAGACAUUCAUACUCAUCUGGCCACUCUUGUGUGGAGUAUCGACGUAUGAGUAUCCACAAUCUUUCUGGUUAUGAUGUCAACCCGAAUCGUUCUGAUAAGUAUUGGUCUACCACUUUUAUGAUAUUUGUCAGCUUGAUAAUACUUCAUUUAAAUAAUCGGUAUUCUGAGCGAAUUAGUUCUUUCAAGCACAAUUCAAGUGAGAAUGAAGUUCUUCCUAUCUUAUAUAAUGUUACUGCUUAUGAAGUUACUAGUAUCUUCCGUUUCAUUUACAAUAUAUUGCACGUUAUCAAUGUCAAUAUGGUGGUUUACUUGUUUCUCGGAUUGCUAUUAUUUAAGCGUAUCAGAGUGAAUAAACAUACUAACUCACAAUUACGUAACUUGAAUAUCCCUAAAAUAAAAGAGACCUUGCUUAGUGACCAAGUAAAGCAGUCUCCAAUAUUACCAGAAUUUUCGAAAAAAUUAAAUGAUGUUCCUCUUCAGUCAAGAAGACGAAUAUACUGUUUACGUAAAGACGACGACUAUAGCGAUAAAAACGAUUCCUCGUCUGUUUCUACAUUUCCUAAUACGUGUAAGAAUGUCAAUGAACGCCCAUCCAAUGUAUUGGACUUGGAUAUGUUGACUGAAAAGAUUAAGCAGGGCUUGGGACAUGAACUAUCAGAUACAGAGAUUUUACAACUGAUAUCACAUGGAAGGCUUAAAACUCGUGAAUUAGAAUCAGUCGUUCGCAAUCCAUUUCGGGCUGUUGAACUCCGUCGUUUAGAUUUGUCAACAUUUCUUAAUAACCCACAUAUUAUUGAGCGCAUUCCAUACAAAGACUAUGAUUAUCGUCUUGUAUAUGGUCAAUGUUGUGAGGAGGUUAUCGGGUACAUGCCUAUACCAGUUGGAAAAAUUGGACCUCUUCUAUUGGAUGGUCGUUCUCAUUACAUUCCUUUGGCUACUACUGAAGGAUGCUUGGUUGCCAGCACAAAUCGGGGAUGUCGUGCCAUUUUUUUGGCUGGUGGUAUCAAAAGUGUUGUCUAUAGAGAUCAAAUGACAAGAGCACCUGUUGUUUGGUUCCCAUCAAUUAUUGAUUCAGUGAAAUGUAUUGCAUGGAUUGAUUCAGAUGAAGGAUUCCGAAUUUUAAAAUCAGCUUUCGAUAAAACUAGCGCACAUGUAAACUUAUUAUCAGUUUUUGCUUGUCCGGCUGGUCGAUAUAUUCACAUUCGAUUUGCUGCACGUACAGGUGAUGCUAUGGGUAUGAAUAUGGUUAGCAAAGCCACUGACAGUGCUUUGCAUUGUCUACAAAAAUAUUUCAGUAAUAUGCAAGUUAUCUCUUUAAGUGGAAAUAUGUGUACAGAUAAAAAGCCAGCUACCAUAAAUACAAUUCUUGGUCGUGGUAAAUCUGUUAUUGCUGAAGCUCAUCUAUCAGCUGAUGUACUGGCUCAAGUGUUACAUACCAAUGCACAGCGAUUAGCUCGGUUAACUCAUUCCAAAAAUUGGAUUGGAUCUGCAAUGGCCGGUUGUCCUGGUAUGAUGGGAUGUAAUGCACAUGCAGCAAAUAUUAUUGCUGGAAUGUUUGCAGCUACGGGACAAGAUUUAGCUCAAGUUGUUGACUCAUCAUCUUGCUUAACACAAUUGGAGGUUGAUUUGUCAGAUGACUCACUGGUAGCUAGUGUUACUAUGCCAUGUUUAGAAGUUGGUACAGUCGGUGGUGGUACACGUCUUCCAGGCCAACGUGCAUGUCUUGACUUACUGGAUUUAAGCGUCGAUCGUCCAACUGAACAUUUAUCACGGGUAAUUGCUGGAACUGUACUUGCAGCUGAGCUGAGCUUAAUGGCAGCCUUAGACACAGAUGAUUUGGUGAAAGCACAUAUGCACUUCAAUCGAGCCAAGCAAUCUACAAACUCUAACCCCUGUAGUCAUACUACUACUACUGAUUAUAAUAAUAUUGAUAUCAAUAGUAAUAUUUACGAUAAUCAUAACAUUGCUUUAUCUUCAAAAAGUUCUGUUACUGAUAAUUCAGAUGUACGCGAAUCUGUUCAUUCCAUACAUGUGAAACCACUUCCUGUUAAAAGUGACUUAUCUGUAGAUUCGGAGAUAUCCCAUUAUACUAUGUAACUUGUAUAUGUAGACAAUUUUACUGUCAGUUUACAAAAUACCCUUGUAUAUCAUUUCUAAGCCCUAAAUUAAAUUUUAACAAAUAAGUUGUAUUCUCGAAUCAUUUUUAGACGUUUACUUAAUUUCCCGUGUCUUUUUUCACUUUCUGUUUCCGUACGUUUGAUCAAAAUAAACAAAUUAUACUUC